AUGGUAGCCAACAAACUCAUGGAUUUUUAUGCGAAAUGUGGUCGCCUCCUUCUUGCUCGCCGAUUGUUCAACAAAAUGAGGGAGAAAAACACGGUUUCAUGGACGACAUUGAUCUCUGCAUAUUAUCAGAGUGGCCAGCCUCACCGGGCUCUCAAAUUGUUCGAUGAGAUGAAGAGAGUCAAAGCCCUGCCUAAUGUUUUUACAUAUACUGUAGCUUUCAACGCGUGCUCUAAAGUGGGGGACUUGGAAAGGGGGCGAAAGCUCCAUAGAGAGUUAAUUGAGCAAGAACUGGAAUCGGAUGAGUUUAUUGGUUCAGCUUUGAUUGAUAUGUAUGGGAAAUGCAGAAGCAUUGAUGAUGCACUCAAAGUAUUCGAUGAAAUGAAAGAACCGAGCUUAGUGGCUUGCACGGCAAUGAUCGAUAGCUAUAAUCUCAAUGGCAAGGGAAAGGAAGCCAUGGCUCUGAUCAGGCGAAUUUUGAGCUCUGGAUUGAGUUUGGAAGCCAUUAAAGAGUUGGGUUUUUCUUGCAUGAUCAGAGCUUGUAGCCAUGAGAUGGCUCUAAAGCAAGGCCAGGAAAUCCAUGCUCAAUUGAUCAAAACUGGGUUUGAUUCAGAUGUCCGAGUCUUGGAUUCCCUUAUUGAUAUGUAUAGAAAUUGUGGAAAAAUGGAUAUAGCUUUGUAUAUAUUUGAUGGGUUACUUGUGAGGAAUGUUAAUUUAUGGUGUAGAGUAAUAAUGGGAUGUGUUGAUAGCGGGUGGAGAGAGAAAGCACUGAGGCUUUUUGCUGAUAUGAUUUCUGAUGGGUUGGAGCCUAACCCAUCUUUGAUUAUAAGCGUUAUGAGGGCUUGUGAUUGUGUAGAGGAAGGGAAAGGGAUUCAUGGUCAAUCGAUCAAAUUAGGGUUAUUAAGAUCCAUGGAAGUUAACUUGAAUCCUGAAUUUGCUGAUAUGUAUAGACGAUUUAGCGCAAGCGGUGAAGCUCAGAAAUUGGAUGAAUCCCAUUAA